AUGAAUAACUUAACAAGAUUAGGAAAUCAAUUAAAAUCAACUAGUAAAUUGAUCAACAAAAAUGUUGUAGGUUCAUCAACCCCAUCAUUUUCAACUGCUGCCACCCAAAUGGCUACAGCUCAAGAAAAUGUCAGAACCUAUGGUGGAUUAAAAGAUCAAGAUCGUAUUUUCACCAAUUUAUAUGGAGAACAUGAUGUCUAUUUAAAAGGUGCCAUGCUUAGAGGUGAUUGGUAUAGAACUAAAGAUAUUAUUGACAAAGGCAAAGAUUGGAUCCUUAAGGAAAUGAUGGCCUCUGGUUUAAGAGGUCGUGGUGGUGCUGGUUUCCCAUCUGGUUUAAAAUGGUCAUUUAUGCCAAAAGUUUUAAAAGGUAGACCACAUUAUUUAGUUAUCAAUGCUGAUGAAGGUGAACCAGGUACAUGUAAAGAUAGAGAAAUUAUGAGACACGAUCCACACAAAUUAAUCGAAGGUUGUUUAAUUGCUGGUUUUGCAAUGAAAGCAUGUGCAGCUUAUAUUUAUAUUCGUGGUGAAUUCCAUUAUGAAGCUAAAGUUUUAGAACAAGCAAUCGAAGAAGCUUACAAAGCAGGUUUAAUUGGUGAAAAUGCAUCAGGUACUGGUUAUAAAUUUGAUGUUUACGUACACAGAGGUGCUGGUGCUUAUAUUUGUGGUGAAGAAACUGCUCUCAUUGAAAGUUUAGAAGGUAAACAAGGUAAACCACGUUUAAAGCCACCUUUCCCAGCUAUGGCUGGUCUCUAUGGUUGUCCAACAACUGUUACCAAUGUUGAAACCGUUGCAGUUGCCCCAACUAUUUUAAGACGUGGUGGUGCCUGGUUUGCAGGUUUUGGUCGUCCAAAGAACGCUGGUACCAAAUUAUAUUGUAUUUCAGGUCAUGUUAAUAACCCAUGCACUGUCGAAGAAGAAAUGAGUAUUCCACUCAGAGAAUUAAUUGAUAAGCAUUGUGGUGGUGUUAUUGGUGGUUGGGAAAACUUAAAAGGUGUUAUUCCAGGUGGUUCAUCAGUUCCAGUUCUCCCAAAAAAUAUUUGUGAUGAUGUUUUAAUGGAUUUCGAUGAUCUUAGAAAACACAGAUCUGGUUUAGGUACAGCUGCUGUCAUUGUCAUGAACAAAGAAACUGAUAUGAUUAAAGCAAUUGCAAGACUUUCAAAAUUCUAUAAACACGAAUCUUGUGGUCAAUGUACUCCAUGUAGAGAGGGUACUGGUUGGUUAUGGGAUAUCACUGAACGUUUAGUUACUGGUGAUGCAAAAUUAGACGAAAUUGAUAUGUUAGAAGAAAUCUCCAAACAAAUUGAAGGUCAUACUAUUUGUGCUUUAGGUGAUGCUGCUGCUUGGCCAGUUCAAGGUUUAAUUAGAAGUUUCAGACCAGAAAUCGAAGAUAGAAUUAAACAAUUCCAAUCAAAACAAAAACAUUCACCAUUUUAA